AUGGAGGAUCAUCACGUCCUGGGCGAGGACCUACCGCUGCCGCCUGCACGACUCUUCGAGCGGCUGGCUCUCCUGCCGGGCUACAGCUGGGACCAGACAAUCGAGCCUUUCCACUCGACCUACGAUAACUGGCAUGUCUUUGGCGUCCGCCAGUCGUUCGACUCCGAUGUCUCGACCCCCGCGGCCACUUCCUCCGGUCCCUCCAGCGCGACCCGUGAUUCCCCCCACAUCGAAUCCAGGCCGCCGUUUCGGCACCACUGGCGGAGUAGCCUCAGCGAGUCCAGCAGCGAUCUCUCCUCCCGCAUUGAGCAAGAACCAUCAUGGAUUCCCGUUGUCGCCCGCGUCUCGACCCAUGUCGUGAGGCUGGAACGGGAAUUUCACAUGAUGCGAUCCAUCGUCCAGACCUCCGACCCCGACUGCGUUCACACCGUUCGUCCGAUCGACCUGGUCCGACUGCCACCUGAACCAGACGAUCCUGGUCCGAUCCUGGUGUUCAUAUCCGAGUCGCCGGGUCCGAAUUACCUCAAGGAGCUGGUCGCCUUUGGCCCCGCCUGGUUUGGGUUUGGCACCAAAAGCGAGAACAGCACUGGCUCCACGCCCGGAGAGCAGGUCUCCCUUCCCCUUUUUCUGGACUUUGCGAUUGGCGCCUGCGACUGUCUCGAACUGCUGCAUUAUGGCCUGAAGACCAUCCACGGCGAAAUCAGAGGCGAUGCCUUCCAUUUCAAUCGUACCACCGGCACGGUCAAACUGAUCAACGCGGGAAAUGGUGCGAGGGCGUUUGAUAAUGCGCUAGGUGAAGGAUGGUCGGCGUUGUCCCGGGAGUUAGGCGUGAAAACGAAGUUGCAAUUCAUCGCCCCGGAACAGACGGGGAGGAUGCCCACCGAGCCAGACAGUCGGACGGACAUCUAUGCGCUGGGUAUCCUCUUCUGGACCAUGCUGGUGGGGAAACCAGCCUUCACAGGCAAUAGCCCUGUCGAAGUGGUUCAGAAUGUUUUGGGGAGGAAGUUGCCGCCGGUGUCCGCGAAACGAAUAGACAUACCGGAUGCUGUGUCGGCCGUGAUCCAGAAAAUGACCCAAAAGGAAGUGAGCGAGCGGUACCACACUAUUACCUCCGUCAAAAGAGAUCUGGAGCAGAUUGCGAAACUCCUAGGUGAUGGAGAAAGGGAGGCGCUGAAGAACUUCCAGGUCGCAAAACGCGACGUCUCCUCCUUCUUUACCCUUCCAUCCGAGAUGUUCGGGAGGGAGGAGGAAUAUCAGAAAAUCAUCAGUGUGGUGGAGAAGGUUCAUCGACGCCAGCAGGCAGCACAUCCCAAAUCAGCCGCUCCAAAUUAUCUGGGCUCAGCUUCAUCCAUGUCCGAGGGGCGGGUGGACAGCUUCGAGAUCGGAGAAGGCUCCAGCGAUUCAGGAUCCUUCAACUUCACCAAUUCAAGAAGCAAUUCCAAUGCUGGGCCUUAUGUGCUCGGCCAUGUUUCGACCCACGAGUCCACCCAGAGCACCGAGUCCUCCCUUUCCACCCAGAAACCCGGUGGUCCGUUGCCGACCAAGAUCAAAGGUUCGGCUGAUUCCCGGGGCACCGGGGAUAAUAAUGGUGAUCGGGACAGUCAUCUCUCGACGAGUGCCAGCAACCAGAGCCCCAUGGAGCCGCUGAAUCCUCUUACGAGACACAAGACGCCCAAACUUCGUCGCGGCGGUCGCUGCGAAGUGAUCACCGUCUCUGGCGUCGCGGGAAUCGGUAAGACUGACCUGAUCCAGCGCGUGCAGCCCGCGAUUCGGAAACUGGGCUAUAUUGGGGUUGCCCGUCUGGAUCGGGCACGAAGGAUUCCUUUCGAACCGUUUGCCAAAAUCCUAGCCAGCCUUCUUCGCCAGAUCUUCUCGGAGCGCGACGUCAAUUCUGACUACCACAAUAGUGUCCGGGCGUUCUUACGUCCCUUGUGGCCAACCCUUCAUGAGGUCCUGGAACUGCCCGAGCAUCUUAUCUCUUCAGGCCACUCAGACAAAUCCCUGUCACCGAAAUUGCCGGGGGCUCAGCAUCCUCUGAAAGAAGGGCAGAGGGCCGAAACGGCAAAACGUCCUAAUCUGGGGCACGGCCAAAGCCCGGUGGAAUUGUUGCUAUCCGGCGCCGCUAAUAAACAUAUGCGCAUGAUGGAGACCUACAUCGAAAUCUUGCGAAAUCUCUGCACUCAUAAGUUGAUUUGCGUCUGUUUGGAUGAUGUUCAGUACGCGGAUGGCGAGACUUCUGACCUCAUCAUCAAUAUCUUGAAGGCCAAAAUUCCAUGCUUGCUGAUCCUGACCGCUCGAAAGCCAGAGAUCGAGUCAGCUGAGAUCCAGCCCUUUUUGAAGCGGAGACUCCCAGUAUAA